AUGCAACCUGAAGGAGCUGCGAACACGAGUGCCCCGCCAUUGCAGACUCACGCCGCCAAAGACCCCAUGGCUGACAUUAUCCGCUGGAUGAACCUGGGAAUUGAUAUUGAAGAGUAUCAGCUGAGGAUCCAAACGUUUAUCCGUGAAAUGGGGCGGCGUGUUCAGCGUGGUGACCCAGCUAAGCUGGAGUCAGAUCGGCGUAACCUCCUCACAAUGAUCGACACAUUUUUAGAGGAUGCAUCUACCUAUAUGGGUGAUCUUGUGAUUGGCCAUGACAACUCCACUUCCAUCACUCUGGAUAUAGCUGGUGGCAAUAACACCGACGUAAUAUGGGACAGUGAGCUCCACGCCGACUCUGACAUGGCAAAAGAGUACCAGGAGGAGCAGAGUGACGCCGCUCAAAUACAACCAGAGCGGCGUACAAUCGGGCUACCGUCUGCCUUUGGUCGCAACGAAUGCAAGAUGCAGGGCCUGGGACCCCUCAUCACCAUCGAGAUGGAGCUUCGCAAAGGCCAGGCCCACGACGCCAUCCAGAAGCUUCGAGAGUAUAUCGGGAAGAAGUCAGUCUUGUAUCGGACUGAUGUCAGGCAUGCCAAGCAUAGUCAACAUAAAAGUGACGCCGCCCGACAACGCGUCGAUGCGCAGACAGCGAAGAUAAACAUAUACAGGUUAUAUUACAACCGUGCCAGGGAAGCAAUGUUGUCCUUGGCGAAGAAGCCUAGCAAGGUCAAAGAGUAUAAACUUCUAACGCUGCAAGAUCUCACCGCAAGUACAUCGCUUUUGAACCCGUCAGAACGAGGGAAUCGGCACAGAGGCCUCCCUUGGUUAUGGUCAUUGGACAUUGACAAGGCACUUGGUGAUGACGAGGACAGCCAGAUCCUCCAACAAUUUGCACGGUUGCAUUGGCUCAGAGCUCGAUGCCGACUUGAUCGAUGCCGCGAAGAGCUGACACUUCUUCGCCACGAAAUGGUGUGGAUUCCCAACUCUUGGGACGCCGAAUCUCGCUUGUGGCAGCGGCGUGUCGACAACUCUGACGCCAAAUCUCCGGGUCACAAGGCUUUUGCACGCCGACGCCAAGAUGACGCUGUUGCCUUACGGGAUGGUGCAAUAUCAGACUUCCGCCUCCUACUAUCAGAAUAUCCGCCACCACAACGGCUUAACUUGCAUACAUACAAAGAUGACAUUUACCUACAAUCCUAA